UGAAGAGUGUAGUAAAACUGGGGUAUAAUGAGGUUACACAACUCAAUUAAAAAAUGUCGAUGGCUACGGGUGCGAAGGCGCUGAGUGCCAUCGAGUUCUUGCGACUUUGCGGGCGUCUGAAAGUAAGUACGAUACGGCGUUGGAUAGAUGUGAAUACAGUCUAUAUACUGCGCGAAGGAAUCGCUCUGGAACCAAGUGUAGCUGAAAAAAACCGGACACUGAACGCUAUGGCCGGUGUCAUUUUUGGACUGCACAGACACUUAAGCGCACUGGAUGGGUGAAUAACAAGGUGGCGCUGCCCGAGUCUGUGUCUGAUCACAUGUAUCGCAUGGGAAUGUGCUGCAUGCUGCUAGACGACGCUAAUGAGAGCGUGAAUCGCUCCAAGUGUAUCAAAAUGGCCAUUGUGCACGACCUAGCGGAGUCGCUGGUGGGUGAUAUUACGCCUCAUGACGGUGUUGCUGAGGAGGACAAGCACCGCAUGGAGAAGGAAGCACUGGACGAAAUUUGCAACACACUAGGCAACACACCGUCCGCUGCGGAGAUCCGUGAGCUGUGGAAUGAAUACGAGGCCGGGUCCACUGAGGAAGCCAAGAUCGUCAAGGACUUUGAUAAGUUCGAGAUGAUUCUGCAAGCCGACGACUACGAACGAGCCCAGAACAUCCCACUGGACGACUUUUUCCAGAGCACCAAGGGCAAAUUUCGCACGCCGCUGGUUCAGUCCUGGGCAGCCGAGUUAACCGACCAGCGCAACGCGCGCCUCGAGGGCAAGACACCCGACACGAAGUAAACGCAAUGCUGGAGAAAAUCUACUGGUGAUCAUGCCAGGUUAAGAUAAUGUACUGCUUCAGACUUGAGUACUAUUUGAGAUUGGGGGAAGCCAGGUCGCCAUUUCCAUCGAUGUCCUAGACAAAUGUCAUAUUCUUGUUUGCUAAUAGAUUACCGAAUAAUUAUCAUCUAUAAGAGUAGUAUUGAACUGGGAUACAGUAAUUUGUUAGGGGACGUUGCAGAAGUUGCUCUGUUCCUUGG